AAAAAAUUAAAGACAGAUUCCAAUGUGGAGUGCCGAGCGCGUCCCGAGCUGCCGGGUUUGCACGUCGAAGAGGUUUUUCUACAUAGCUUUUUUCUAAUGUCUGCGCAGGGAAGCAGUGGCAUUGCUGCUUUUAGGAUUAUUUUCUCGUAGGGAUCUCUCAAGUGCACGUCGCAUUGGGUUGCACGCUCCACCCCCAGGAACCUGGUGUGGUGGAGAAAUUUGAACCCGCAGCCUUAGUAGCACCGAAAAGGCCGAGUUACCUGGGCUCUCCCUGAGUGUGGAGGAGGACAUGAGCGAAAUGACCACCAAGCUCAUGUUUUACAGGACUCCGUGAAGCUGGAUUCUGCGUUUUCCGACACGUAGAUUCGUUUUGUGGAAUAAAGUUCACCGCCGUUUCCUCCGCGCAGCAUUUUAACUCUAAUAAGCAAAUGCCACCUCUGUUCGAACGUUUUGGUAUUUCCCAGAGAGAAAUAAUUUUACCUAAGGGAACUAACUGAAUUUUCAGCUACAUUGAAAUACCUCCAGAAAAGGAUCUCGGGGGUGGAAAAGCAACUGCGAAACAACAGACGGAGAAAUUCAUUUGGAAGUUAUUCCGUAGCAUAAGAGCAGGAACUUACAAGCAAGUUUUCAUUGGGCAAAAUGGGGGAACAACCCAUCUUCAGCACUCGAGCUCAUGUCUUCCAGAUCGACCCAAACACAAAGAAGAACUGGGUGCCCACCAGCAAGCAUGCGGUUACUGUGUCUUAUUUCUAUGACAGCACAAGAAACGUGUAUAGGAUAAUCAGUUUAGACGGCUCAAAGGCAAUAAUUAACAGCACCAUCACUCCAAACAUGACAUUUACUAAAACAUCUCAGAAGUUUGGCCAGUGGGCCGAUAGCAGGGCAAACACUGUUUAUGGACUGGGGUUCUCCUCUGAGCAUCAUCUUUCGAAAUUUUUCUGCAUUCAGUUUGCAGAAAAGUUUCAGGAAUUUAAAGAAGCUGCUCGGCUAGCAAAGGAGAAAUCACAAGAAAAGAUGGAACUUACCAGUACCCCUUCACAGGAAUCAGCAGGCGGGGAUCUUCAGUCUCCUUUAACACCAGAAAGCAUCAACGGGACAGAUGAUGAGAGAGCACCUGAUAUGACGCAGAACUCCGAGCCACGGCCUGAACCCACUCAGAACGCACUGCCGUUCUCACAUAGUUCAGCAAUCAGCAAACACUGGGAGGCUGAACUGGCCACCCUCAAAGGAAACAACGCCAAACUCACUGCAGCCCUGCUGGAGUCUACUGCCAAUGUGAAACAAUGGAAGCAGCAACUUGCUGCGUAUCAGGAGGAAGCAGAGCGGCUGCACAAGCGGGUGACUGAGCUUGAAUGUGUUAGUAGCCAAGCCAAUGCCGUGCAUACCCAUAAGACAGAAUUAAAUCAGACAAUACAAGAACUGGAGGAGACCCUGAAGGUGAAGGAAGAGGAAAUAGAAAGAUUAAAACAAGAAAUUGAUAAUGCCAGAGAACUACAAGAACAGAGGGACUCUUUGACUCAGAAACUACAGGAAGUAGAAAUUCGGAACAAAGACCUGGAGGGACAACUGUCUGACUUAGAGCAACGUCUGGAGAAAAGUCAGAAUGAACAAGAAGCUUUUCGCAAUAACCUGAAGACCCUGUUAGAAAUCCUUGAUGGAAAAAUCUUUGAACUAACAGAAUUACGAGAUAACUUGGCCAAGCUACUAGAACGCAGCUAAGGAAAGUUAAAUUUCAGUGCCAAUUGAUUUAAAAAGAUACUGUCUCUCUUCAUAGAAUUGUUUGGGCUCCGCAUCAAGAUUGCACAAAAAAAAUUUGAAUAUCUCUUCUCCACGAGGAGGAUCUUUUGAAAAUUGGAAUUGUAUAUUUCAGUGUAAAUUUUAGAAUUCAGCUUGUAGCUAGUUGGGGAAAAAAAAAAAGAGAUGAAAAACUUGAACUACAAAUUACCUCCAUGUAUAUUAUUGGCCAUAGUUAACUAGAAAGUUAUAAAUAGACACUUAAUGCAAUCUUUUUUUCUGAUAUUAGCCAAUGGGAGAAUUAACAAAUGUCUGGGUCACAUCCCCCUUUUUGUGUUCAACACAGUGAAGGUUAUCUGCUUUUUAAAUUAAUUUAUUUAUGAUAUCUAAAGCUGUGUUUUGUGCAAAAACUUAGUGAUGAAAGCCCUGUCUUUUGUUGUAAUCUGAAUAAUUUCUCAGGAUAUUUUUGCACUGCCAAAGGCAGUGCCGUUACCAAUUAAUUCUUGCCAGGAGUGAGAGAGAGCUGCAUCUUUAAUUGAAACACACUAUAACUGGGUGUAUAGAGUUCUUCCGUCUUUUUCUACUGGAAGAUAUUUCACUCUGGUGGCCACUCUGAUACACUCUGGUGUUCUCUAAUCUUGUCUGCUGUAUAGCUUACUUUUCCGUAUUGAUUCCAUGUAUUUAUGAAAAGAUACUGUCUCCCAUUUUAUUACACAUUUUAAAGCCAACUAAUGAAGGCAGCUGAGUCCCUCCAAAAUUUUUCUUUUUAAAUUUCUAAUGAAUUUGACACACAGUACUGAAACAUAGCAGCCCGUCACUGACGGUCUGGUCUAGCAAUGUUAAGUAUAUUUACAGAAUAUGCAGUUACAUUUAUUUAUAUAUUUUGCAAGAAAUCUUUUCUGAAUGAUUAAUGCAUUUCAAUUUACAAAUACUAAUGGUUGUUGGGGAACUGUUUAUUAUAGAUCAUUUUAAGGUGUAUAGCUAUUUUAAAGGUGAUCCAUUUCCAUCAAGCAGCCAAUCAGAGGACUGUUGGGAUAGGAGCUGUUUACUCUGUCUGGGUCUUCACAUCAACCACAUCUCUAGUCAAUCCUCACAAGGCAAUAUUCUAAACUGUUAACUAAGCAUUUCAAAAGAGGAAUUCAAUUCAGUGGGCUCUCCUCAGUGAACAGGUUUUAAUGUUGUUUUGAUGUAAUUUUAAAGGACUUUUAGCAAACAUGCAUUUCUUUAUAUAUUUCUUUCAAGGAGCUGUUUUAAAAAGUAAGUCAAGUGAUGGCUAGUUUGCUUAUGGAAUAAGAAUUGCAUCAGAGUCCAUAUAUUCUUGCUGUACAAUGCUUGUGAUGUUGAGGAGGGUUCUUUUUUAACGUGUAUGCUUGAGUAUCGACUCCAUGGAGUCUAUACACGCACUGACUUUUUGUUUGUACCCCCACAUAAUUGAAUUGUUAAGUACAAAAUUAAGCUGAUUCAUCAAUUUGUAGCCAUUUUUUUCACUCACACAGCUACUCAACA